CUCUAGCUCGCUCGCUCUCCCUCUCCCCGGGCCGUGGAAAGGAUCCCACUUCCGGUGGGGUGUCAUGGCGGCGUCUCGGACUGUGAUGGCUGUGGGGAGACGGAGCUAGUGGGGAGAGCGACCAAGAGGCCCCCUCCCCUCCCCCGGGUCCCCCUUCCCCCGCCCCCUCCCCCCAGCCUCCUUGCCAACGCCCCCUUCCCCUCUCCCCCUCCCGGCUCGGCGCUGACCCCUCGUCCCCACCCCCGUGGGAACGUUCGGAGCCUGCACUCCUCAGACCCUCUCGUCUUCGCUUCCUUCACCUCAGCCCCCGCUCCCCGCCCUCUUCUCGGCCCAGGGCGCCGGCCGACCCUUUCCUCCGCCGCCCCCCGGCCGCGGGGAGGACAUGGCCGCGCACAGGCCGGUGGAAUGGGUCCAGGCCGUGGUCAGCCGCUUCGACGAGCAGCUUCCGAUAAAAACAGGACAGCAGAACACACACACCAAAGUCAGUACUGAACACAACAAGGAAUGUCUAAUCAAUAUUUCCAAAUACAAGUUUUCUUUGGUUAUAAGUGGCCUCACUACUAUCCUAAAGAAUGUUAACAAUAUGAGAAUAUUUGGAGAAGCUGCUGAAAAAAAUUUAUAUCUCUCUCAGUUGAUUAUAUUGGAUACACUGGAAAAAUGUCUUGCUGGGCAACCAAAGGACACAAUGAGAUUAGAUGAAACAAUGCUGGUCAAACAGUUGCUGCCAGAAAUCUGCCAUUUUCUUCACACCUGUCGUGAAGGAAACCAACAUGCAGCUGAACUUCGGAAUUCUGCCUCUGGAGUUUUAUUUUCCCUCAGUUGCAACAACUUUAAUGCAGUCUUUAGUCGAAUUUCUACCAGGUUACAGGAAUUGACUGUUUGUUCAGAAGACAAUGUUGAUGUUCAUGAUAUAGAGUUGUUACAGUACAUUAAUGUGGAUUGUGCAAAAUUAAAACGACUCCUGAAGGAAACAGCAUUUAAAUUUAAAGCCCUAAAGAAGGUUGCACAGUUAGCAGUUAUAAAUAGCCUAGAAAAGGCAUUUUGGAACUGGGUAGAAAAUUAUCCAGAUGAAUUUACAAAGCUAUACCAGAUUCCACAGACUGAUAUGGCUGAGUGUGCAGAAAAACUGUUUGACUUGGUGGAUGGUUUUGCUGAAAGCACCAAACGUAAAGCAGCAGUUUGGCCGCUACAAAUCAUUCUCCUUAUCUUGUGUCCAGAAAUAAUCCAGGAUAUAUCCAAGGAUGUGGUUGAUGAAAACAACAUGAAUAAGAAGUUGUUUCUGGACAGUCUACGAAAAGCACUUGCUGGCCAUGGAGGAAGUAGGCAGCUGACAGAAAGUGCUGCAAUUGCCUGUGUCAAACUGUGUAAAGCAAGUACUUACAUCAAUUGGGAAGAUAACUCUGUCAUUUUCCUACUGGUUCAGUCCAUGGUGGUUGAUCUUAAGAACCUACUUUUUAAUCCAAGUAAACCAUUCUCAAGAGGUAGUCAGCCUGCAGAUGUGGAUCUAAUGAUUGACUGCCUUGUUUCUUGCUUUCGUAUAAGCCCUCACAACAACCAACACUUUAAGAUCUGCCUGGCUCAGAAUUCACCUUCUACAUUUCACUAUGUGCUGGUAAAUUCACUCCAUCGAAUCAUCACCAAUUCUGCGUUGGAUUGGUGGCCUAAGAUUGAUGCCGUAUAUUGUCAUUCAGUUGAGCUUCGAAAUAUGUUUGGUGAAACACUGCAUAAAGCAGUGCAAGGCUGCGGAGCGCACCCAGCAAUACGAAUGGCACCGAGUCUUACAUUUAAAGAAAAAGUAACAAGCCUUAAAUUUAAAGAAAAACCUACAGAUUUGGAGACAAGAAGCUAUAAAUAUCUUCUUUUGUCCAUGGUAAAACUAAUUCAUGCAGAUCCAAAGCUCUUGCUUUGUAAUCCAAGAAAACAGGGGCCUGAAACCCAAGGCAGUACAGCGGAGUUAAUUACAGGGCUGGUCCAACUGGUCCCUCAGUCACACAUGCCAGAGAUUGCUCAGGAAGCAAUGGAGGCUCUGCUUGUUCUUCAUCAGUUAGAUAGCAUUGAUUUGUGGAAUCCUGAUGCUCCUGUAGAAACAUUUUGGGAGAUUAGCUCACAAAUGCUUUUUUACAUCUGCAAGAAAUUAACUAGCCAUCAAAUGCUUAGUAGCACAGAAAUUCUCAAGUGGUUGCGAGAAAUUUUGAUCUGCAGGAAUAAAUUUCUUCUUAAAAAUAAGCAGGCAGACAGAAGUUCCUGUCACUUUCUCUUCCCUUAUGGAGUAGGAUGUGAUGUUCCUUCUACUGGAAAUACCAGUCAAAUGUCCAUGGAUCAUGAAGAGUUACUACGUACCUGUACUCCUGGAGCCUCUGUCCGAAAGGGAAAAGGAAACUCCUCCAUGGAUAGUGCAGCAGGAUGCAGCGGAACCCCACCAAUAUGCCGACAAGCCCAGACCAAACUAGAAGUGGCACUGUACAUGUUUCUGUGGAGCCCUGACACUGAAGCUGUUUUGGUUGCCAUGUCCUGUUUCCGCCACCUCUGUGAGGAAGCAGAUAUCCGGUGUGGGGUGGAUGAAGUGUCCGUGCACAACUUCUUGCCCAACUAUAACACAUUCAUGGAGUUUGCCUCUGUCAGCAAUAUGAUGUCAACAGGGAGAGCAGCACUUCAGAAAAGAGUAAUGGCACUGCUAAGGCGCAUUGAGCAUCCCACUGCAGGAAACACUGAGGCUUGGGAAGAUACACAUACAAAAUGGGAACAAGCUACAAAACUAAUCCUUAAUUAUCCAAAAGCCAAAAUGGAAGAUGGCCAGGCUGCUGAAAGCCUUCACAAGACCAUUGUUAAGAGGCGAAUGUCCCAUGUGAGUGGAGGAGGAUCCAUAGAUUUGUCUGACACAGAUUCCCUACAGGAAUGGAUCAACAUGACUGGCUUCCUUUGUGCCCUUGGGGGAGUGUGCCUGCAGCAGAGAAGCAAUUCUGGCCUGGCAACCUAUAGCCCACCCAUGGGCCCAGUCAGUGAACGUAAGGGUUCUAUGAUUUCAGUGAUGUCCUCAGAGGGAAAUGCAGAUACACCUGUCAGCAAAUUUAUGGAUCGGCUGUUGUCCUUAAUGGUGUGUAACCAUGAGAAAGUGGGACUUCAAAUACGGACCAACAUUAAGGAUCUGGUGGGUCUAGAAUUGAGUCCUGCUCUUUAUCCAAUGCUGUUUAACAAGUUGAAGAAUACCAUCAGCAAGUUUUUUGACUCCCAAGGACAGGUUUUAUUGACUGACACCAAUACUCAAUUUGUAGAGCAAACCAUAGCUAUAAUGAAGAACUUACUAGAUAAUCAUACUGAAGGCAGCUCUGAACAUCUGGGGCAAGCUAGCAUUGAAACAAUGAUGUUAAAUCUGGUCAGAUACGUUCGUGUGCUUGGGAAUAUGGUCCAUGCAAUUCAAAUAAAAACCAAACUAUGUCAGUUGGUUGAAGUAAUGAUGGCAAGGAGAGAUGACCUCUCAUUUUGUCAAGAGAUGAAAUUUAGAAAUAAGAUGGUAGAAUACUUGACAGACUGGGUCAUGGGAACAUCAAACCAAGCAGCAGAUGAUGAUGUAAAAUGUCUUACAAGAGAUUUGGACCAGGCAAGCAUGGAAGCAGUAGUUUCUCUCCUAGCUGGUCUCCCACUGCAGCCUGAGGAAGGAGAUGGUGUGGAAUUGAUGGAAGCCAAAUCACAGUUAUUUCUUAAAUACUUCACGUUGUUUAUGAACCUUUUGAAUGACUGUAGUGAAGUUGAAGAUGAAAAUGCACAAACAGGUGGCAGGAAACGUGGCAUGUCCCGGAGGCUGGCAUCACUGAGGCACUGUACAGUACUUGCAAUGUCAAACUUACUCAAUGCUAAUGUGGACAGUGGCCUCAUGCACUCCAUAGGUUUAGGUUAUCACAAGGAUCUCCAGACAAGAGCUACAUUUAUGGAAGUUCUGACAAAAAUCCUUCAACAAGGCACAGAAUUUGACACACUUGCAGAAACAGUAUUGGCAGAUCGUUUUGAGAGACUGGUGGAAUUGGUCACAAUGAUGGGUGAUCAGGGAGAGCUCCCUAUAGCUAUGGCUCUGGCCAACGUGGUCCCUUGUUCUCAGUGGGAUGAACUAGCUCGGGUUCUGGUUACUCUAUUUGAUUCUCGACAUUUACUCUACCAACUGCUCUGGAACAUGUUUUCUAAGGAAGUAGAAUUGGCAGACUCCAUGCAGACUCUUUUCCGAGGCAACAGCUUGGCCAGUAAAAUAAUGACAUUCUGUUUCAAGGUAUAUGGUGCUACCUACCUACAAAAACUUCUGGAUCCUUUAUUACGAAUUGUUAUCACAUCUUCUGAUUGGCAACAUGUAAGCUUUGAAGUGGAUCCUACCAGGUUAGAACCAUCAGAGAGCCUUGAGGAAAACCAGCGGAACCUUCUUCAAAUGACUGAAAAGUUCUUCCAUGCCAUCAUCAGUUCCUCCUUAGAAUUCCCCCCUCAGCUUCGAAGUGUGUGCCAUUGUUUAUACCAGGCAACUUGCCACUCCCUACUGAAUAAAGCUACAGUAAAAGAAAAAAAGGAAAACAAAAAAUCAGUGGUUAGCCAGCGUUUCCCUCAGAACAGCAUCGGUGCAGUAGGAAGUGCCAUGUUCCUCAGAUUUAUCAAUCCUGCCAUUGUCUCACCGUAUGAAGCAGGGAUUUUAGAUAAAAAGCCACCACCUAGAAUCGAAAGGGGCUUGAAGUUAAUGUCAAAGAUACUUCAGAGUAUUGCCAAUCAUGUUCUCUUUACAAAAGAAGAGCAUAUGCGGCCUUUUAAUGAUUUUGUGAAAAGCAACUUUGAUGCAGCUCGAAGGUUUUUCCUUGAUAUAGCAUCUGAUUGCCCUACAAGUGAUGCCGUAAAUCAUAGUCUUUCCUUCAUUAGUGAUGGCAAUGUGCUUGCUUUACAUCGUCUACUCUGGAACAAUCAAGAGAAAAUUGGCCAGUAUCUUUCCAGCAACAGGGAUCAUAAAGCUGUUGGAAGACGACCUUUUGAUAAGAUGGCAACACUUCUUGCAUACCUCGGUCCUCCGGAGCACAAACCUGUGGCAGAUACACACUGGUCCAGCCUUAAUCUUACCAGUUCGAAGUUUGAGGAAUUUAUGACUAGGCAUCAGGUGCAUGAAAAAGAAGAGUUCAAGGCUUUGAAAACGCUAAGUAUUUUCUACCAAGCUGGGACUUCCAAAGCUGGGAAUCCUAUUUUUUAUUAUGUUGCACGGAGGUUCAAAACUGGGCAAAUCAAUGGUGAUUUGCUGAUAUAUCAUGUCUUGCUGACCUUAAAGCCAUAUUAUGCAAAGCCAUAUGAAAUUGUAGUGGACCUUACCCAUACUGGGCCUAGUAAUCGCUUUAAAACAGACUUUCUCUCCAAGUGGUUUGUUGUUUUUCCUGGCUUUGCUUAUGACAAUGUCUCUGCAGUGUAUAUCUAUAAUUGUAACUCCUGGGUCAGGGAGUACACCAAAUAUCAUGAGCGGCUGCUGACUGGCCUCAAAGGUAGCAAAAGGCUCGUUUUCAUAGACUGUCCUGGGAAACUGGCUGAGCACAUAGAGCAUGAACAACAGAAACUACCAGCUGCCACCUUGGCUUUAGAAGAGGACCUGAAGGUAUUCCACAAUGCUCUCAAGCUAGCUCACAAAGACACCAAAGUUUCUAUUAAAGUUGGUUCUACUGCUGUUCAAGUAACCUCAGCAGAGCGAACAAAAGUCCUAGGGCAAUCAGUCUUUCUAAAUGAUAUCUAUUAUGCCUCGGAAAUUGAAGAGAUCUGCCUAGUGGAUGAGAACCAGUUCACUUUAACCAUCGCAAACCAGGGCACACCACUCACCUUCAUGCACCAGGAGUGUGAAGCCAUCGUCCAGUCUAUCAUUCAUAUCCGGACCCGCUGGGAGUUGUCGCAGCCUGACUCCAUCCCCCAGCACACCAAGAUUCGGCCAAAAGAUGUCCCUGGGACACUGCUUAAUAUUGCAUUACUUAAUUUAGGCAGUUCAGAUCCUAGUUUACGGUCAGCUGCCUAUAAUCUUCUGUGUGCCUUAACUUGUACCUUUAAUUUAAAAAUCGAGGGCCAGUUACUAGAGACAUCAGGUUUAUGUAUCCCUGCCAACAACACCCUCUUUAUUGUCUCUAUUAGUAAGACACUGGCAGCCAAUGAGCCACACCUCACGUUAGAAUUUUUGGAAGAGUGCAUUUCUGGAUUUAGCAAAUCUAGUAUUGAAUUGAAACAUCUUUGUUUGGAAUAUAUGACUCCAUGGCUGUCAAAUCUAGUCCGUUUUUGUAAGCAUAAUGAUGAUGCCAAACGACAAAGAGUUACUGCUAUUCUUGAUAAGCUGAUAACAAUGACCAUAAAUGAAAAACAGAUGUACCCUUCUAUUCAAGCAAAAAUAUGGGGAAGCCUUGGGCAGAUUACAGAUCUGCUUGAUGUUGUACUAGACAGUUUCAUCAAAACUAGUGCAACGGGUGGCUUGGGAUCAAUAAAAGCUGAGGUGAUGGCAGAUACUGCUGUAGCUUUGGCUUCUGGAAAUGUGAAAUUGGUUUCAAGCAAGGUUAUUGGAAGGAUGUGCAAAAUAAUUGACAAGACAUGCUUAUCUCCAACUCCUACUUUAGAACAACAUCUUAUGUGGGAUGAUAUUGCCAUUUUAGCACGCUACAUGCUGAUGCUGUCCUUCAACAAUUCCCUUGAUGUGGCAGCUCAUCUCCCCUACCUGUUCCACGUUGUUACUUUCUUAGUAGCCACAGGUCCACUCUCCCUUAGAGCUUCCACACAUGGAUUGGUCAUUAAUAUCAUUCACUCUCUGUGUACUUGUUCACAGCUUCAUUUCAGUGAAGAGACCAAGCAAGUUUUGAGACUCAGUCUAACAGAGUUCUCAUUACCCAAAUUUUAUUUGCUGUUUGGCAUUAGCAAAGUCAAGUCAGCUGCUGUUAUUGCCUUCCGUUCCAGUUACCGGGACAGGUCAUUCUCUCCUGGCUCCUAUGAGAGGGAGACUUUUGCUUUGACAUCCUUGGAAACAGUCACAGAAGCUUUGUUGGAGAUCAUGGAGGCAUGUAUGAGAGAUAUUCCAACGUGCAAGUGGCUGGACCAGUGGACAGAAUUAGCUCAAAGAUUUGCCUUCCAAUAUAAUCCAUCUCUGCAACCAAGAGCUCUUGUUGUCUUUGGCUGUAUUAGCAAACGAGUGUCUCAUGGGCAGAUAAAGCAGAUUAUCCGUAUUCUUAGCAAGGCACUUGAAAGUUGCUUAAAAGGACCCGAUACUUACAACAGUCAAGUUCUGAUAGAAGCUACAGUAAUAGCACUAACCAAAUUACAGCCACUUCUUAAUAAGGACUCCCCCCUGCACAAAGCCCUCUUUUGGGUAGCUGUGGCCGUACUGCAGCUCGAUGAGGUCAACUUGUAUUCAGCAGGUACUGCACUUCUUGAACAAAACCUACACACCUUAGAUAGUCUCCGGAUAUUCAAUGACAAGAGUCCAGAGGAAGUAUUUAUGGCAAUCCGGAAUCCUCUGGAAUGGCAUUGCAAGCAGAUGGAUCAUUUUGUUGGACUCAAUUUCAACUCUAACUUUAACUUUGCACUGGUUGGACAUCUCUUAAAAGGGUACAGGCAUCCUUCACCUGCCAUUGUUGCAAGAACAGUCAGAAUUUUGCAUACACUACUAACUUUGGUUAACAAACAUAGAAAUUGUGACAAAUUUGAAGUGAAUACACAGAGCGUGGCUUACUUAGCAGCUUUACUCACAGUGUCUGAAGAGGUUCGAAGUCGCUGCAGCCUAAAACAUAGAAAGUCACUACUUCUCACUGAUAUUUCAAUGGAAAAUGUUCCUAUGGAUACAUAUCCCAUCCAUCAUGGCGACCCCACCUAUAGGACACUAAAGGAGAAUCAGCCAUGGUCUUCUCCCAAAGGUUCUGAAGGGUACCUUGCAGCCACCUAUCCAACUGUGGGCCAGACCAGUCCCCGAGCCAGGAAAUCCAUGAGCUUGGACAUGGGGCAGCCUUCUCAGGCCAACACUAAGAAGCUGCUUGGAACAAGGAAAAGUUUUGAUCACUUGAUAUCCGACACAAAGGCUCCUAAAAGGCAAGAAAUGGAAUCAGGGAUCACAACACCCCCCAAAAUGAGGAGAGUAGCAGAAACUGAUUAUGAAAUGGAAACUCAGAGGAUUUCCUCAUCACAACAGCACCCACACUUACGUAAAGUUUCAGUUUCUGAAUCAAAUGUUCUCUUGGAUGAAGAAGUACUUACUGAUCCGAAGAUCCAAGCGCUGCUUCUUACUGUUCUAGCUACACUGGUAAAAUAUACCACAGAUGAGUUUGAUCAACGAAUUCUUUAUGAAUACUUAGCGGAGGCCAGUGUUGUGUUUCCCAAGGUUUUUCCUGUUGUGCACAAUUUGUUGGACUCUAAGAUCAACACCCUGUUGUCAUUGUGCCAAGAUCCAAAUUUGUUAAAUCCGAUCCACGGAAUUGUGCAGAGUGUGGUAUACCAUGAAGAGUCCCCACCACAAUACCAAACAUCUUACCUGCAAAGUUUUGGUUUUAAUGGCUUAUGGAGGUUUGCAGGACCCUUUUCAAAGCAAACACAAAUCCCAGACUAUGCUGAGCUUAUUGUUAAGUUUCUUGAUGCCUUGAUUGACACGUACUUGCCUGGAAUUGAUGAAGAAACCAGUGAGGAGUCCCUCCUGACACCCACAUCUCCUUACCCUCCUGCACUGCAGAGCCAGCUUAGUAUCACUGCCAACCUUAACCUCUCUAAUUCCAUGACCUCACUUGCAACUUCCCAGCAUUCCCCAGGAAUCGACAAGGAGAACGUUGAACUCUCCCCUUCCACUGGCCACUGCAACAGUGGACGAACUCGCCACGGAUCCGCAAGCCAAGUGCAGAAGCAAAGAAGCGCUGGCAGUUUCAAACGUAAUAGCAUUAAGAAGAUCGUGUGAAGCUUUCUUUCUUUCUUUUUUUAAACCAACUUAACAUGGGCUCUUCACUAGUGACUCCUUCCCUAGCCUUGCCCCAUCCCUCCAUGUUGUGAUGCUGCACUUCCUGUUUUAUAAUGAACCCAUCCGGUCUGCCAUGUUGCCAGAUGAUCAACUCCCGAAGCAUUGCCUAAAUUUAAUGCUGCUUUUUUUUUUUCUUUAACUUUUUUUUCUUCUUCUUUUGGCGUGUAUCUGGUGUAUGCAAGUGUUCAGAACAACUGUAAAGAAAGUGGGAGGUCAGGAAACUUGAACUGAGAACAUCCCAACUGUGAGAGGAUGAGAGAGAGCGCCGAAUCCUAACCACUAGACCACCAGGGAGCGACGAUUGUGAGAGGAUGAAUUCUUGAAUACCGCUACUACAGGCCGUCUAUGAAAGCCAUUUGCACAGAGCUCUGCCUUCUCUGGUUUCCCCUUCUUCAUAUAAAGUAAAGUGUUAGUCUUAUUUACACACUUUUCAAGAUAGAAGUUUAUGGGAAAAAUAAUAUUAUAACCCCAGUAUGCUUAAUCUUUUAGCUGUGGACUUUUUUUAACCUUAUAAAUCUGAAAGAACCAUAGAGGUCAAGCCUCAGUGACUUGACACCGUAAAGCCACAGGUGAGGUACUUUGGGGGGCGGGGGAUUUAGUAUUUUGUAGUGGAUUCUUAAGAAGUACUAACACUUGAGUAUUAGCAAUAAUGACAGGAAAAUAAGCGUGACCACAUCUAUCUUAAUCUUACUAAAUUAAAUCUACGGGUUCUGAGGCCUUAUCCAAACUCAGUCAUCCAAAUUAGUUUUUUUCUCUCCAGUUGAUUAUCUUUUAAUCUUUAUGCUAAAAGUUGUUUCUUUGUUUUUGUGUUUUAUAAGCCAAAACUAUACUAAGUAUAGUAGUUAUACAUUUUUCCCCUCUUCUUCCUUUCUAAAUAAUUCUGAGCAGGGUAAUCAGUGAACAAAGUGUUGAAAAUUGUUCCCAGAAGGUAAUUUUCAUAGAUGUUUACAUUAGCUCCAUAGAAAAAUGGAAUGGUACGUGACAUUUAGAGUAGCUGAUACUUUUGUUAAAUAAUUUUCCAUGAAACAUAGAGUAUGGUGUAUAUUAUCAUAAAUUUCUUUGAUAAGAUAUAUUUUAAAAUGUCUUUAAUUUUCCCACUCCCCUCCAAAAAAUCAGGAAUCUCUUUAGCAAAACAUUUGGGUUCUAUAUGAUAGAAUUACAUCCAAUCACUGUGAAAAGACUGGUGAGCCUGCAUUAGUAUAGACAAUAGGGGGCCUUAGAGUUGCUGCUAUACUGAACCGUAUGGAUUAUCUUGGCGUUGGAAUUUCCAUAGUAAUGCAGAUCGAGUUUCUUUGUGGUACCUGCAGUGUGCAAAAUAAUUUGACUUUAGUAUCUGGAUAUUCCAAUUCAGAAUGAAUGAAACCAUAUUUAUUACAAAAGAUAUCCCCCUACUCCCAGGUUCCCUUUGUAUGUUAAGAUAUAAUGGCUUUGGGAGGGGAAAAAAGAAACCUAGGGGAGAGGGGAGUUUCCUGUAGUGCUAUUUCACCAGUGGAUUUCAGUAAAUUCCACAGCUAACUCAAUAAAAAAUGGUACAUUUAAGUGUUCUGAUUUUAAUAAUAUAACACAUUUCACAUUUAUCCACACAGUAACAAUGUAAUAUGUUAAUGUAAAUAAAAUUUCUUUUGAUAUUCAGAAAUAACAAGAACUUAAUUUUUUUAAUUUGUUUACUGUCCUGGGAAAAGUAAAAAUCAUUUGCCAAAAUAAAAGGAAAAAAACACCUUAGUAUUAAUAGUGAUUUUAGCAUAGAAUUGUUGGAAAAUAUUAAAGACAGGUGCAAUUAACUAAAUGUUUGUUUUUAACUAUUGUAGAGGCUGCAUUAGAAGAAAGUGUUUGUAAUAACAGAGUAACUAAGGAGGUAAAGAGAGAUUAGAACUGAGUUUAGAAACAAUCAGUAACCUAGUGCCAAGAAUGCCAGUAUCUUUGCUCUUCACAGCUCCCUGCUUCCAGAAUAGGUGGCACAGCUUCUUGGCUCCUGGCAUAGCUGGCAAUGUGAGCCUUUUAUAGUUUUGGUUCAGUGUUUUUCCUCUUUUCAUUUGUUGGUUUGGUGCAUAUGAUGGUGGGUGUUAUGCUAUUUUGCUUCUCCCAUCAAAAUACAGAAACUUCCAAAAGUUUACUGUUAAAAAAUAUUGAUCUUUCCAUUAAAAGUUUACCAAGGUAUGCUAUUUUGUACCUCAUGAAAUGGUCAGCAUUGUACAAAUCAAAAUUGAGCCGCCUUUGAACAGCAAAAAUAAUUUUGACCAGUACAUCGUAGGAAUUUGGAAACAUACUAAGGUUUAGGUUUUACCUUGUUUAAGGAACUUCCAACUUUUGAGGAAAACCUAGCUUUCCAAAUAACUAAAAUGGACAUGAGUUAAAUCUCUCCCCAUUAUGUGUCCCUUGAGAAAUGAAAGAUUUUUUUUUAGUUCUCAUACCUGUAAUCUACAAAAGAAAUUCGGAAGUUCAGAGCAAGUUGGCCAUUUUGUAUAAUUUGAUGUAAGCUCUGUAAAGAACAUUAUAAGUAAAUUGUUUUGGGUUUGUGCCCUGACUUUUUAAAGAGGAAAACAGUAACUCAGUCAUGUUUUUGUCUUGCAUAAUCUACCUGUUAACACCAGUGCUCCUCCUGUCCUAAGGGCAUGCCCUUGUUUGCCAAGAUCAAGAUGCAGUUCACUAGCUUUGAGGGGAAGUGGCUAGAACUCUGGCUUCCAUUCACCCAGCGCCUGCUCAGGACGGAGCCCAGUGCCGAGGACACCACAGUGAACUGUCAGCUCCACCCCGGUGGACCAGUGUCCUAGUGGGGGAGACAGAGUGCAAGCCAGCAACCCUCCCAGAUUUGUAGGUUUUCAGUUUCAUUUUGGGUUUUUAUUUGGGUUUUUUAUUAUUAUUAUUUGGGUUUUGUUUUUUAUUUUUUUGGUUUUGUUUCUACAUCUCCCCUCCCUCCACCCCCUCCCCCUGCAUAAUGAGGCAUGUCUUAUUCAAUGUUAUGCAAUGAACUUAUACAAAAAUUCACUCUUAGUGUCAGCCACACAAUUUUUUUUAAUGCAGUAUAUUCACCUGUAAAUAGUUUGUGUAAAAUUUGACAGAAAAGUAUAUUUACUACACUGUAAAUACAUGUGAUGAUAUAUUGUAUUAUUUUGCUUUUUUGUAAAGCAGUUAGUUGCUGUACAUGGAUAACAAACAAAAAUUUGAUUAUUCUCGUGUUAGUAUUGUUAACUUCUUCCUGCGACUGCGUUACAUCAUUUAAAGAAAAUGCUGUGUAUUGUAAACUUACAUUGUAUAUGAUAACUUACUCUCCCUUCCAUUCGGGCCUAAACUUUGGCAGUUCCCUUGUCUACAACCUGGUUAAUAUUGUAAGCAACUGUACGCCAGCAGGAGAAAUACUGCCCAACAGACAGAAAUCGAUCAUUGUAGGGGAAAAUCGUAGAAAUCCGUCUCAGAUCAUUGUUGUUCCCCACCCCAUUUUCCUCCUUGUGUAUGUACUCAUCCCCCCCUUUUUUAAGUAAAAUGUAAAUUCAACCUGC